AUGAAUACAGCAAUCAUUGAACCGCCAAAAGAGUCUCCUGAUCGAUUAGUUUUUAGACCACUUCCUGCAAGUGUUAUUGAUUUUGAAUCGUUUGCUUGGCUAUUAGAACCUAUUCCACUCUUUACGGAUGCAUUUGACAAAAGAACACCACGUCCUCCACCACAAAUUGCAACCCAAGAUACUACCGAUUAUAUGUGGUACGUGACGCAAUUAGUAAUCAAGAAUGAUGAAAACGAGGGGAAUCAAACAUCCGCUAAAUUUAAUCUUAGGUUACAUAAGAUUGGUGAUGUUGGUGUUGUUUAUGCGGACGGAAAAGUGCAAUCAGUACAUAGAGGUGGAAAUCAAGUAGAUAUACCAUUGAACCUUGAUUGUACGAGUAAAGUAAAUAAUGAUAUCUCUGAUAUAAACAGAGAUGUGUAUUUAAACGAUAAAAACAUUACUCAUACUCAUAUAGGCUGGCAGGUCAACAUUGGGCUUGUUGAUGAAAAAAAAUGCUAUUUUGAUCCUUCUACACAUUGUACCCUUCCAUGGAAAAAAUUGAGUAGUGAAUCUUCGUCCACAAUUACAGAUCAGGAUAUAUUUUGUCAACGCACUUUAUUAAAUAUGCAAAAAAAAUAUACCAACUUAACCACGCAAUUACCUGUUCAGGCGGGUCUCGUGUGGUACACCUUCCACUUUACUUUACCUAAAGAAUAUUAUGAUAUUACUCAUACCGAAGAUACACUUCCUCCAAUUGCGCUCGAUCUUACAUCGAUGACAAAGGAACUUGCUACACGUCCCACAGAUCCACGUGCACGGAAUGAUCAAGACUAUGCUGGGUGGUAUAAUCCACAUACAAAGUGUCGAGUAGGAUAUGAAAUGCCAUCGCAACAGUAUUAUCAUAUUCCUUUAGAAUGGAUAAAGCGAGAUGGAGACCAUAAAAAUUGUGUAGUAUUAUUUGAGGAAUGGGGUGGCGAUCCUCGAGGAAUUCGCAUUGUACAGCGUGUAACAU